AUUCGGUCUGCCUUUCCAAUUCUCGCUCACCCUUUUCACUUGGUUACCAUACGGUACGGAUAUAUACUCCUUGCUAGCUAAACUAUUCAAGCAAGCUCCACCGGGUACAUCCGUAGUGGAAAUGGCCGAUCAUAUUGCCCCGUGGAGAACCACAGCGCAGGGCCAUUUGACCGCCGACGGUAAUGGAGAUCCCAAAACGGACUACUCAAGGUGGAGAUUGCUAGAUGAUGAUGGCCGUCAGACCUGGCACUACCUAGAAUCCGAUGAGGAAAAUGAAAAAUGGCCUCAAUCGGUAGCCGACAAGUAUUCUUUAGGCCUCCCUACGGGACUGCCUAAGCUGCCACCUGCAAAAACCCCAUUACAAUGUGCAGAGAAUGGCCUGGAGUUCUUCUCUAAACUGCAACUUCCCCCAGGAAAUUGGGCUUGUGAAUAUGGUGGGCCGAUGUUUCUAUUGCCAGGACUCAUUAUCACCUACUAUGUGACUAACACCCCAAUCCCUCCGGAGUAUGCCACUGAGAUUAAGCGAUACCUUUUUGCUCGUCAACACCCCGAAGAUGGGGGCUGGGGUCUGCACAUUGAGGCCCAUAGUUCCGUGUUCGGUACCUGCAUGAAUUAUGUCGCACUACGGUUAGUUGGUGUUAAUGAAGAUGACCAUCGAAUGGUCAAGGCCCGUGGCCUACUGCAUAAAUUCGGUGGUGCCAUUUAUGGACCUCAUUGGGCGAAGUUUUGGCUGAGUAUCCUUGGAGUCAUGGAAUGGGAUUGCGUCAAUCCGGUUCCUCCUGAAAUCUGGCUUCUCCCCGACUGGGUUCCAUUUGCCCCCUGGCGGUGGUGGAUCCAUAUUCGCCAGGUCUUUUUGCCCAUGUCUUACUUGUGGUCGAAGAAAUUCACUCAUCCACUGGACCCACUUACCAAGCAGCUUCGGAAGGAGCUAUAUACAGAGCCAUACGAUUCUAUCAACUUCGCAAGUCACCGUAAUUCUAUCCACAAGGCUGACAAUUACUAUCCGAAGACUUGGCUUUUGAAUAUAAUUAACUCACUUUUGGUCAAUGUCUGGAAUCCUUACCUACGGCUUCCCACCCUCGUGCGCCGUGCGGAAGAAUGGACAUGGGAGCUGAUCCGCAUGGAAGAUGAAAAUACGGACUAUGCAGGACUUGGUCCCGUGAGCAACCCUAUGAACAUGAUUGCCUGUUAUCUUCAUGACGGCCCUGAUAGUUACUCUGCCCGUCGUCACCGAGAACGUCUACAUGAUUAUAUGUGGAUGAAGAAUGAGGGCAUGCUGAUGAACGGUACCAAUGGUGUUCAGGUAUGGGAUACAGCUUUCAUCACGCAAGCUAUCGUUGUUGCUGGCUUUGCAGAUGAUCCUAAAUGGCGACCUAUGCUCACCAAAGCCCUUGAAUUUCUUGAUGAUCAUCAAUUGCGGGAGAAUGUACCUGAUCAGGAGAAGUGCUACCGUCAGCACCGAAAGGGCGCCUGGCCCUUCAGUAACAAAACUCAAGGUUACACAGUUAGUGACUGCACAGCUGAGGGUCUGCGUUCUAGCAUUCAGCUGCAGGAGAUGCACAAUUUUCCUAAAUUAAUAUCAGCAGAGCGUUUGAAGGAUAGCGUUGACUGCUUACUCCUUAUGCAAAACCCCUCUGGUGGCUUUACAGAGUAUGAGACCACUCGUGCCUCACCCAAGGUAGAGUGGCUGAAUGCUGCUGAGGUCUUCGGUGGUAUCAUGAUUGGUUACGACUACCCUGAGUGUACCACUGCUUCCGUCACCGCACUGUCUCUGUUCAGCAAGUUCUAUCCCGAUUAUCGGACCGAUGAGAUUAGGGUGGCUAAAGAAAAAGCAGUCAGAUAUAUCAAGCGUGUGCAGAGGCCAGAUGGAAGCUGGUAUGGAUCCUGGGGCAUCUGCUUCACGUAUGCUGCUAUGUUUGCCUUGGAAAGCCUUGCAAGCAUCGGGGAGACGUACGAAAAUAGCGACUAUUCCCGUCGAGGUUGCGAAUUUCUCCUUUCCAAGCAGAAAGAAGAUGGGGGCUGGGGUGAGUCCUACCUCAGUAGUGAGCGGCAUGUCUAUACCCAUCAUGAACAGUCCCAAGUCUGCCAGACUGCUUGGGCAUGUCUGGCUCUGAUGGAGGCCGGUUAUCCGGAGAAGGAGCCACUUCGGAAGGCGAUGAAACUUAUGAUGUCUCGGCAGCAACCAAACGGUGAGUGGCUGCAGGAGGCUAUUGAAGGUGUUUUCAACCAAUCUUGUAUGAUUUCAUACCCUAACUACAAGUUCUAUUGGCCUAUUCGGGCUUUGGGACUCUACAGCCGGAAGUUUGGCAAUGAAGAACUCCUGUAACAGGGGUGACGGCAGUGACAUUACCCCGAAGAGUAACUUUUUUUCCAUGUAUAAUAUCUUUACUUUCGGCCCACAUAUACACAUACCCAUAAUGAAUAAUUCACAGUGAUCUUCCACU